UUCGUGCAGCACAGGUCACGUCAAAACAUGAAUACAAAAGUAGCUUCCCUUGGAUUGUGUCAUCUAUGUGCAGACUGGAGCAAGGUUACGCGUAACGAUCUUGGUUUCCUCAGCUGACAACGUCUGUCAAGAGCGUCUCCUUCUCUUACCUCAAGGGAAAUGUUGACUCAUGUUUGAUAGUGCAACGCAAGGAUUUUUAAUUACUUGGCACUAACGCAGACUGAAGAAAUGACAAGGUUUUUAAAGUUUCAAAGCAUUACGGAGUGCUCAUUUUCCGAUAUUGACGGCUUACACGGUAUCAUGAAGUAUUGUAAACGUUUGCAUUAGCACACUAUGAUUACCUAGAAUUAGAAAGUGAGAAGUACUCAUUGAUAACAAAUGGAGCGUUUACAGAUUUGGUUGGGCCUCAAAGAAAGAGAAAGUGUCCUUCAGAUAAUGCCAUCCGAAACGGGAGAUUUGUCAGAGUUGCAGAGGCCAGUGAUGCAGAAAGAAGACAUUAAACCCCUGAGUAGCUCCCCCGGUAAGACGCUGACAUCUCCUGGCUCUGGCGAAGAUGACCACAUUGCUCAGACCAAGCAACUGUCCCUAACAAGACCUGUGGAUAGUGUGUCAGAAACUGUGACCAGCAUUGUGAAGAAUAAAGCGGACUGUGUUACAUGCAGAGUAAUUGGUUCUUCAGUGGGUGCGGGAGCUGCAGGCUAUGUGUUAUACGAGGGUUGGAAGAAUAGAAAUAUGUACACAGGAUUCAACAGGUUUUGCUACAGAGGAUGUUGUCUGUCUCUAUCAACAUCGUUAGUGGUGAUGUCUGUGAGCAUAGCCUUCAAAAUGGGCUUAUACCAGGAAGUGGAGGAAGGGGAGAAGAAAGAUCUGGCUAGUUUACUGAAGAAGGAGUAUCAGACAUUGAAGGGCAAACUCAGCAGCUUAUAUCACUCCAGUAAUUCCGUUAAGUGAGCCCCUGAAUGAACCCCUGAAUAAGCCCCUAAAUGAUGUGUGCCAAGAGUUGGGCAGUUGUCUUUUGUACAAGAAUUGUGCGAGGUUUUGGUCUGUAUCAGAAUCCUGCCCAGUAACACUAAACAACAGUGACUUUGGACGUUAUAGAUUUGUGCUCGUGGAGGUGAUCAUCAUAGGCAUUGACAACAGGGCUGAAAUUAUAAUCACACAGCAUAUGCAGUAUUUUAUUCUAAGGUUUUAUGUCAUUGAGAAAGUGAAUUUUUUUUUAUCAUUUUUGUCGGUUAUGUUUAUACACGGAUUAAGCGCAAUCCCAAAUGAUGAUAAUACUAUUAUAUUUAUAUCCUUACAGCUUGAUUUAGCACAUGCAGGUAUGAAGAUAAUCUGCCAGUAUGGAAGUACCAGUGCGGCAUGAUCUCGUUCCUGAUAACAGGACCCUGAGAAUAAUGUAUUUUCCUGUUACCUGUGAUUGUGCAUACCCAUAAUCUGUUUGUGUCGCAAUCUUGGAGUGCUGCAUUAUCAGAUAUAGUGACGGAGGAAUUUUCUGACGGCCACAUGUGAUAUACAGAUAACCUGUAAGUUUUUAUCAAAUCUCUCACCUUUCUGAAUUUCUGUAGAUUUGUCAUCCUCAUAAUCAAUCAGUUCUUAAACUGCUAAGCUUGCAAAUGACUGUAUUGUUGUGACGUACAGGUACAUGGCAUGAUCACAAUUCAGAUACAAUUCUAGAACCAGUUCUCAGACACUGCUGCAGUUGACCGCUGGAUUUAAUUGGACUGUCUAGUGCAUUGUAUGCAGACAAAGUUGUGAUUUGCAUUUACCAGGUGGUGAACAGCUUACUCAAGGAUUAAGAAGCAUGUGAAUGCCCCAGAUCUGGAUUUGGACAUAGCUUUGUACACUGAAUUCUUUGAAUUAUGUCACAAUGAAUAUAAUGUACUUGCUGAAUGUUGUAAGUAUGUCUUAGAAAUACAGAUCUUUUCAUGAAUU